AGCUGUAACCGGCUAGCCUGUUUUCGAGUCGACACCCUCCCCAAACCUCGGCAGCAGCUAAGCUGCACAGUCGACAUGGCAAGAAAAUAUGGCAACCGUUUUCUGAAAAAGGAUGAAAAUCUUCCAAGUGUUUUGGAAUGAUAUUCAUCACGCAAUGUGAUCCAAAAUCCACAAUGUGUGAGGACAUUUAAGAACGAUUAAGUUCGGAAGAAAAAUCUUGAUUCCAGUGGAAUCUUCCAUAUAUUAUAUAUAUAUACAUAUAUAUUAUUAUAUUUUUUUCCUCUGUGUAAAAGCUUACAUAUAUUUACACGCAGUUGUCCCAUCAACAUAAAACCAUGCCAGUGCAAGCACCACAAUGGACGGAGUUCCUGCUGUGUCCAAUCUGCACACAGACAUUUGAAGAGACUGUUCGCAGGCCCAUCAGUUUAGGUUGUGGACAUACUGUCUGCAAGAUGUGCCUGAACAAGUUGCACCGCAAGGCCUGUCCCUUUGACCAGACAGCCAUCAACACAGACAUUGAGCAGCUACCUGUCAACACAGCCCUGUUGCAGCUGGUGGGAGGCCAGGUUCCUAAGGCUCAACCAGUUGCCUUGAUUACCAGUCCAGAAGACUCACAGCAUUAUGAGGAGGCCAGGCAGUGUGUGGAGGAGCUGGCCCUCUACCUCAAACCCCUCAGCAACACCCGAGGUGUGGGUCUGAGCAGCACAGCCCAGAGCAUGCUGAGUCGACCCAUGCAGAGGAAACUGGUUACCUUAGUCCACUGCCAGCUGGUGGAGGAGGAGGGCCGAGUUAGAGCCAUGAGAGCUGCCCGCUCUCUUGGUGAGCGAACUGUUACCGAGCUCAUCUUGCAGCACCAGAAUCCACAGCAACUUUCCUCCAAUCUGUGGGCUGCUGUUCGUGCACGGGGAUGUCAGUUUCUUGGCCCAGCAAUGCAAGAGGAAGCUCUAAAGUUGGUUCUCCUUGCUCUGGAGGAUGGUUCUGCUCUGUCUAGGAAGGUGUUGGUUCUCUUUGUAGUCCAGAGGCUUGAGCCACGUUUCCCACAGGCCUCUAAAACUAGUAUAGGUCAUGUGGUGCAGCUGCUCUACAGAGCUUCCUGCUUCAAGGUAACCAAGCGCGAUGAAGAUUCAUCCCUGAUGCAGCUGAAAGAGGAGUUUCGCACUUAUGAGGCUCUGCGGCGUGAGCACGACUCUCAGAUUGUUCAGAUCGCCAUGGAGGGAGGGCUGCGCAUUGCACCUGACCAGUGGUCUUCUCUGUUGUAUGGAGAUCAGUCUCACAAGUCACACAUGCAGUCUAUUAUAGAUAAGCUGCAGACCCCAGCAUCUUUCGCUCAGAGUGUCCAGGAGCUGACGAUUGCACUGCAGAGGACCGGCGACCCAGCUAACCUCAACAGACUGCGACCCCACCUGGAACUACUGGCCAACAUUGAUCCCAGUCCUGAUGCCCCCCCUCCUACAUGGGAGCAGCUUGAGAAGGGCUUGGUUGCAGUGAAGACAGUGGUGCACGGCUUGGUGGACUUCAUCCAGAACCACAGCAAGAAAGGAGCUGAUCCUCAACAGCCUCCUCAGCACAGCAAGUACAAGACAUACAUGUGCCGCGAUAUGAAGCAGAAAGGAGGCUGUCCUCGUGGAGCCAGCUGUACCUUUGCUCACUCUCAGGAAGAACUGGAGAAGUAUCGUAAGAUGAACAAGCGUCUGGCAGCUCGCCUCCCCGGCCAAGGAGGUCUCAUGCCAGAUGAUGGCCUUCCUCUUGAUGUGGCUGUGACCCGGAAGCCUUCACCCCUCCCCAAUGGCAGUGUUGCGCCCUCUUUGCCCCAACUCAUUGCUCGUGGCACUGACACGGUCCCAUAUGAGCUGUUGCGUAAACCUGUUAAGAUGGAUGGAGUGAAUUCCAGUGCCCCCGGAUCACCACCUGAUGUUCUGGACUCUGUGCCGAAACCUGGUAUGUCACUGCCACCUCAUUCUCUGGGCCACAGCAGGAUGCCAACUGACCACCUGUCUGGUGUGAAGCACAUGCCUGGGGUACCUAGAAGUUCUCCUGUGUACUCACAGCAACAGCUCCCUGAGAUGUGCUAUGACAGUCGCCCACCACCUUCUGCUUCUCAGUAUGAGCCACCGCAAUACCCCACAGGUUAUCCCUACCAACCACCACCACAGUAUGUUUCUCGGGAUUACAUGCGUAAUCCUCCUCCCCCAAGUGAUUCAGGACCCCCCUACCAAGAUCCCUACUCUGGUUAUGGCCCCCCAGAGCGCUCAUACCAGGCCCCUCACUCUGGCCCAUCCUUCUCUUACCCCCAUCCUCCUCACUACGACCGGGGUCGCCAUGGGACCUACAGCGGUCCACCGCCUCCUCCACAGCCUUACCCAUCUCAGAGGGACAACCUGGUCAGAAUGAGUCCUGCACCAUUAGAUGUUCCUCCACCAUCAGGUGGUCAGGCAAACUCACUGUACCACCAGGAGCCCAGUGCUAGAGAUAGAUACCCACCAGACAGCUACUAUCCACCAGGUGCCCAGGCUCCACCCAUGAGGGCUUAUGUCAGCAGGGGGCCAUCAUAUAGUGGUCAACAACCCAGCCUGGACUACCUACACCGACGUCGGCAGGAGCUUUUGUCCCAGCUUGAGGAAAGGAAGGUCAUCUCCCCUCCACCAUUCGCUGCCUCUCCCACUCUUUCCCAUUCCUUCCCCAGUGACUACCCUGAGUAUGGUGAUGAAAACUCCAAAACCAUUUUGAAAGGCAGAGAGCCCGACUAUACGGGGCAAUACUCACCCUGGUCUUGUGAGACCAUUGGCUCCUACAUUGGCACAAAGGAUGCCAAACCCAAAGAUGUUAUGGUUUCUGGUACCAUGGAAAUGAUGAACGUGGAGGCAAAGAGUCUGAGGGAACCGUCACUGGAGGCUCCUCGGAGGAGUGCAGAAGUGAAGGAUGAUGACCCCAUUAUCCCAUUUGGCCCACAGCCCACUGUAUCACGUUUCGGUGCCAUCUCCCGCACCUCAAAGACAGGAUAUCAGACCGCUGGCCCUGUGCAGGCAAUGGUCACCACUUCUCAGAACACAAACUCUAAACACAUGGCCAUGCCAGCAGCAGAAUAUACGUAUGGAAGCCAUGGAGGAUGGGGUGGAGCUGCAUACCCCUCCCACCAGACUGCCACCUCCUCUCAGGGACACUUCAGUGAGCGCCUCCCCCUGGCAGACAGAGAACAGUUGAAAAUUGAGCUGCAGCAGGUCAACCAGCAGAUCAACCAACAGACCCAGAUGCACAGCAUGGAGGCUGCCAGUAAUUCUUUAAUGCUGCAGAGGGAGGCCAAUGCAUUGGCAGGUCAGUCUGUGCAGCCCUGCCAGGCCCAGGCUGCAGUAGUAGCUCAGCAGCAACAACCCAAGUGGCCAACAGGGGGAGCAGGUGCUACUCCCGUCUCCAGUGAACAGCUAAGCCUUGAGCUCCACCAGGUGGAGAGAGAGAUUGGAAAAAGGACCCGUGAAAUGGCUAUGGAAAACCAAGUAGCACAUGAUGUUCAGCAGUACAAGAUGAAACCUACAGAGAAUGGACAACCGGACCACAAGAGUCAGCUGGAAGAAAUCUCCCUGGCUCUUGGCGAGGUGUCAAAUGGCUCCAGCAGUCUGCAAGAAAGUGCAGUAGGCGGGUCCAUGCUGUCACUGACCAAUAAGACGUCUGCAUUGAGUCUGUGCUCCGAUCCAGGUGCCACUGGUUCGGAGAUGCAGAAGAAUGGCGUUGUCCAUUCCUGCUCUUAGGGCAGUAUACACUUAUAUACAUACACACACACACACACACACACACACAUACGAUGCUCGAUUGAAAAGCAUGCACACAUACACCCAUUCGAUUUAGAAGAUGAGCAGUAUCUGCCGUGAUAUGAAUUUUCUUUCUUUUUGUUCUGUGAAUGAGCUUUUUUAAUGACUUUCCUUGCCUGGAAACCAGGGCAUAUGAUAACAUUUCUUGUGUGUUUCUUUUGCUUUUUUUUUUGUACUGGGAUAAUAAAUUAACAAGGCUCACAAUAGAGAAUACCAGGAAGAGAAAAUGGUUGUGAUGUUGAUGGUAUUGUAGUAACGUCUUUCAAAAAGAAAAAAAAAGAAAGGGAAAUAACAAUUUCCAUCCUUUUAUGAAUAACAAAAGUGUAUUUUUGCAUUUCAUUUAUUCCCCCCCCCCCCAAGUCCUCUUGACUUCUAGACGUGAUGAAAAUUGUCCCAGCAUACAAUGCAAAUGAACGGUUAAACGCAGAGGAGCAAAGUAAUCAAGCACCCUUACAUCGCAUGCCUUCUCAUGUCGUGUGACGGUGCUGUAGGGAACAGCAGAGGUGUGUCGCUUGGUUCUCCCCCGCCCUCCCCAGAAUCGUGAAAAAAAGUGGUUGCUCAGAUGUAGAUGGUCCGAGGAGGGAAAAAGCAGCUCGAUGUCCCACAAUAUUCAUCCCAAAUGGCGAUGCAAUGUGUUCGAUAUCCCCUUUGCACCACAUGCACUUCCUCACCUGCCAUUUUUUUUUUUUUUUUUUUUAUCAGUGCAUUUUAUGAACACACCAUAAAUCAGUACAUUAUGUAUUUAUUUGAAGCAUUCUGUUUUAAAGAUUGCACCAGGUCUUUUUUGAUGACAUGAAUUAUUAUUUUAGUUUAUUUUUUUUACACACAAGGGAGUCUACUAGUGCUUCUCUUGGUUAUUAUGCGACCUGAUGUGGUUUUGAUUACAAAGCCUUUUGACCGUGCUCCCAAAUCAUGACGCUCAGUCAGUCCUAGCUCGUCGUGUUGUGAGAUAUUUCACAACAUACUCCUGAAGUGGUUUUUUUAGGGAGGCGGGGUCUUUCUGUCUGCUUCCAGAGUCGUGUGAAAGAGCGUAACCUUGACUUAAUAACACCAGGGUGACAAAAAAAAAAAAGUUGGAUUUCCCUCCUUAGAGCGUCUCAUCUAGCCACACAAAAGGCCUCCCCAUUGGGAUUAUCUUGUCAUUUUUUUCUCCUUAACUUCUAUGAAGUUGCCUUCCCUUGUGUCUUUUGUUGAAUUCUGUUUAAUUUUUUCAUGCUUUACAUUGUUGCGAUUCUGGGGGCGGGGGCACCCAGAGCUUGACAUCUCUGCCUUGUUGAUGGCUGCAUUCGGAGCAAAAUGUCGAUUCAUCAUUUAUACUGUUAGAAACGUGACUGUCGUGCUUUUAGCGACACAGUUCACAUCUUGUUUACAGCUGAGGAUAAUAAAUAGCAAGUCGGUUACUGAGGGGUAAAGGAAAUAAAGUCGAGAUUAGGUGUUUAUAAUUUGAUCGUUAUCAGUUUCGUCAAUAUUCUGCUCACGUUUCCCCCCCCCCCCCCCCAUCACAGCGUCCCGUCAGCAUCACCACCAUUACCACUGUCAUAGCUCUCUCUCUCUAUCCGUCAUGUGAAUUGUUUACUGCUGAUGCUCACACAUGGAGCUCUUUGCCUUCUGUAAACGAUUAGCAUGAUGGACAACACUUUUUAGAGCAAAAGAGCCCUUGUUUGUGCUUGAACGGUUGAAGGAUAGAGGAGACAUUCUGGGUCAAGUCAUAUAUUUAAUGUUGAGCCUCUGUUAUAGCCAGAUGAGAUGUACUGAGGAACUGACAAACCCCUUGUAAUCUGGUGAGCGAGUUCAGUAAACGACACAAAUGAUUUUGUGUCUUAAAUCCUCGGCUUGUUUGGCAUCUCUUCCAAUUUGUCAGCACAUUAAUAGCGGCUUUGUUUGUUUUUUUGUUUUUUUUUCCUUUCCUUUUUUUUUUUGCAACCACACCUCAAGCCUCUGGUUUUUCUCGCUACAUUUAUUGUUUAGGUACACAGCUCACUUAUACAUAUGAGUAUGUAUACAUACAUUAAUAUACUAAAGCACUAUUAAUGUGCCACCUCUUAUUCUACUCGCUCAGCAUUUAUAUUAAAUGAUCUCUACUUAGAAUCAGCAAAAUGGUUGUUUGUUUGUUUUGAUUUGUGUUCUGUCCACUGGUUGCCAACACAGACUUUAUCCUUUCCCAGGCGAAGGACCUCUGUGCGCAUUGUGUUUUCACUUAAUCGUUUGUGUUCAAACAAAGAUAUUCUUUACAGACUAUGCUUCCAAAGAAGACAAAUUUCUGUAACUUUGGAAAAUUAUGGAGAAGUUUUGUGUGUGCUAGAUUGUAUUGUAGAAAAUGUACCCUAAGUUUUUUCUCCCUCCUGAGUGUGUUGUACUGGGUGAUAGUGUUGAGGUAUUAGAAAAGUGUUGGGGUAUUUUUUUCCCCAUCCCCCCCUCCCCCUCCCCCCCAGCGAUAUUCAGGAAGUCUUUAAUGAAAGGUUGGCCUUAAAAUUCUCUUGUAAUGCUCCUUUUAUUUUGUUUGCAUUAGGAGCAUGAGAUGACCUCACAAAUUGUACUAACACUGAAUUGGCAUGAUUUACAGUCACACAGACGAACUAGCCACCACCCCCAUCAUCAGUUAUACAACGCAGCAACACCGCAGGUUUGCAAAUGUCAAGGUUUGUUUAAAUUUUGUCAAAAGAAAUGUUGUCGAACUAGGUGAGUUUAUAGUUGUUUGUUUUGUUUUUUCUUUCUGUAAUAGGCAAGUGAACUUACUGACCUGAAAGUCUUGAAUGCAUCAUCUGACAUGGUGUGUAGUAGAGUAGUGAGUGUGAUACGUGAGUGUCUGAGUGACACAAUAGUUUUUUUUGUUUGUUUGUUUUUUUUUUUUGACAACUUUUCAUACAAAGUUUGCAAGCUUGUGAUAAAAGAAUCUCAGUAUGUAAUAACAUUUGCAUUGAGGAAAUGGGGUUCGCUAUGAAUUGGCUUUUAUUGGCGUUAAUUCAGUACGUCGUUUGUCAUUCUCGUCGUCGUGCAGGUCAACAAAAUCUGACUCAAAUGACUUACGGGGUGGUUUACUAAAAAAAAACAAAAAACUUGUUAGCAGAAGCAUCUCCUGUGUGACCUGCCCGCCUCUUCCUCUCAUUUAAAUGACCAGUUAAUCCCUCCACUCCCACCCAUGACCACUGAACUCUGUUACUGCUGUUUGAGACUCACAUUUUAUUCCCUGACUUUCUGGGGAAAUUCGCAAAUGGCUUUUUUAUAUAAUUACUCCCUUGUAAAAUAUCUCUUAAAUUAAGGUACAGGUUUGAUUUCAGCAAGAAAAAAAAGUUUUUAUAUGUAUAUUAUACUCCAUUAAGGAAUGUCUACAAUUAUCUUCCUCCAAUGUGGAUGUAGCCAUUAUUACGCCAUUUUAUGACUUUGUAAGAGAAUUCACUGUGUGAAAAUUGGUUUGCAUUUUUGUAUAAUACAAUCUGCUUUUUUGUUUGAUACGAGAGGGAGGUCAAACUGGAAGUUUGAAGAGAAAAAAAAAAAUUAACCUGUGAAAUUGAGAAAAACAAAUGUAACUUAUGUACAACAGUGAUUCUAAGCUGAGGGGGAAAGAUUAAAUGAUAUUGCUAACUCUGA